AUGAGUAAGCCACCGCCGAAACAGAGCAAACCUCCGAUAACUCUCCCUCUGGACAAGUGGAUUCUAAGCACAUGGGGUCGGAGGUUCAGAAUUGGGACAUUAGCGGCUACAGUUACAGUAUACCCAAUUUAUUAUUUGAUUGUGAAUGGGCCCUUGGCUAAAUACCGGUUCAAAACGAAAGUCGAUGCGGAUUCAAUAUUGCCAGAGAGGUUGGAAAAGUUGGUCAGCAAGGUAAAAAUGCUCCUUUGAUAAAUAUUCUUUGUGUUUUAGGAACUACAAGACUUCAAGGACAGAGAAGCAAGAGCCGAUAAGGAUACUGUAAUCAGCUUUUACAUUCAAAAGGAUCUCAGUUAGUUGAAUGUUACGUGUUUAGAGGGGUUUAAUCUUUAGAGAAUUUGGACACGGUUGCCGUCGGUUCUUUGGGAGUUCGAUUUGGCGCUCAUAUUGGUUUACCUUUGCCAGCCAGAUUUGAUAGCCAAGAACAAGCCAAAUCUUACUGCAAAGAAUACCUGGAACCGCUGAAAGUCCUCAAUAAAGAUGUUUGUGUGGUAUGGGACACCAAGUUUGGCGAUGAAUUAAUUGGGACCUUCCAUUUGUCAGAUAAUGUAAGUUUUGUCAUUGGUUUGAUAUUUCAUAAAUAAUUUAGGCCCUGAGGUUCCUAAUCGCACGAGAUAUCCUGACUAGAGAGGGUUAUCAGGCAUACGCCAAUGCCGCUAUAUCAUGGGCAACGUGGACAGCCUUCAGUUCGCUUCUCACUUACUGGUUGCAUCUACGGAAGAGCAAAGGUUUCUUCAGAUUUUUUACAAUAUACACCAUUAUUACUGGACUGGCGGUAUGGGCACAUAUUGAGUGGCAUAAGUUGUAUAGGUAAGGAAUGGAUUUUGAAGUCGGAGUCUGACUAUCAAAGUGAUGUUGUGUUGCCAAAUUAAUAUAAUCUUUACAGAUAUAUGAACGAUAUCCACUCUGAUUCGACUGCUGCCAAGAUCUCGGCUUCACAUUGUCUUGGAGGCAUUGAAUAUUAUGUGAAAUUACUCAAACGUCAUCAGUAGGUUUAGUAUAAUAUAAUUUUUUAUAAUUUUUGCGUGAGUUCCUGAAAGCAAUUAAUAAUUGUGUUGUAGGCUCCUCCGAAGUGUAAUGGACAAUGGCUCACUGACAUUUACCCCAGCCGGAGACAGAUUUGGAGCUCCCACCAAAUUUGUGGUCAGAUAUUCCGGGAUCAAAGACAUCAAACAGGAGUUCGCCGAGCUUGCCGAACUCUCCGAGGGAGACGUUUUCUAA